AUGUUUUCAUUUAUUAUAUUAAUCUGGUUUUCUUCUUUUCUUUGCUUUUUUGUAUAACUUACUACCUGCCAUAGCUUCUUCAUUAAUAAAAAGUAUCUCAUCCCUUUCCUGCAAAGCCAAAUAGUACUUCUCCAUUACCCCAGCCAAUACCAAAGAAUAAUAAUACUACUCCUGAUCAUAAGCCUAAGAAUGACACAAAACCUACACCAAUACCUCCAAAAAAUGAUAAUUCCACUCAUCCUAAUGAAAAAAAUAAAACAGAUUUAAAAAAUAACACUUACUACCUACCUAAGAACAAUACUAAAAUAGAAAUAUAAAACAAAAAAGAUACUAAAUAAAAGAAUUAUACAAUAACAAUAAAAUCAAACAUUACUACAUAAUUUCCUAAAGUAAAAACAGAUGACAAUAUAAAUGAUAAAAAUAAAACAGUUAAUUAGGAUAACCAUUUAUCUAAUAAUAAUACAUAAUAUUUAUUUACAGAAUUACUUUAAAAGCUUUUCUAUUUAGAAGGCUACUACUUGGAUAUAUAAAAGAAAGGAGUUAAUGAUUAGAACUAAUCUCACACUUAAAACCACAAAUAGAAUGUGA